CUUACCAAAUCUUCUAUAAUAAAGUUUAAAAGAUGAGUUAUAUAUUGGCUAAGAUAAUUAGAGCCAUGUUGAGUGUACGAUUGAAAGCACUAUCGGCAGCAUCGCGGGGAUAACCGGGCCGUGAAUGCCCUCAUAUAUCAAUAACAGCAUCUAAUCCCGCAAGUCAAAAUCGCUCAAUGUUUGAUCUAGCCGAGCCGAUAUAAUGCAUAUUGAUUCAAAACUAUAUAAUUGCCGUUUAUGCGUCAGGUUAAUGUGUUUGUUCUUAGAGAGUCUUGUUUCGGCGGAGUUUAUCGGGUUCUCGAUAUUGUGGUCUUACGGUUUGACUUACACAGCAACUGGCUUGUUAGAUUAUUGUGAGGUUAAUUGCCUAACGGCCUGGUCACACCCUAAGAGGCCCAAAUACGGGCCGUUUCACUGCAGUAGAGACAUAGGCCGGUCUCGAACGCGCAGCCAGACGUUCUACUAUGGCAUGCACUCUCUUCCGGGUGUUUGGAUUAUAUUGGAUGUACCAAUCAAGGCGUAUAAACGGUACCAGCAGGAAAGGUUUACCUGGAGAAGCUGUAUUCUGGUGGCAUGUGUGUUACUCAUAUCCGAUUGCGGGGUUUCCGUUUGAGAUGAUUGCUCUGAUUGCUCUGAUUGCUCUUUGAGCAUGUUAAGUAAGGGUUGAAAAGGUCCAAUCGUGAUCGAUUCGAU